GCUCUGUGUCUGUCAGACGGUGGCUCAGUGGAGGAAGGCGGGGUACCAGGAGAUGGCGGAGUACGAGAACUUCAGACACCUCCUUCAGGCUCCGGUAGACGACGCUCAGGAGCUGCUGCACACUCGCUUUCCGAUGCCCAGAUACAUCGACACUGAGCACGGAGGCAGCCAGGCUCGCUUCCUGCUCUCCAAAGUUAACCCCUCACAGACCCACAAUAACAUGUACGCCUGGGGACAGGACACUGGAGCUCCUAUCCUCACAGACGAUGUCAGCCUGCAGGUGUUCAUGGAUCACCUGAAGAAACUGGCUGUCUCCAGCGCCGCCUGAGCUCACCUGACCCCCCUGACUCCUCCCCUGUCCUCUCGUGUGUCUCCUCCUCUGUCUCCUCCCGUGUCCACACCAUUUAUUCAUUUGUUUUGCUUUUGCUGCCUGAGUUACGAUGACAAACAUUAACUAAAUAACAAGCACAGCCGUCAGCCUUCAUCAGCCAAUCAUCAUCACAGCCAACACCCGCGAGCUCUAAACCCUGAGCGCGGACUGAAGGCUGCUGCGUCACAUUUCUCUCUUUGACUUUGUAACGUCUUGAAAUGAUAAUUAUUAUUAUUAUAUCGGUGUUCAUCACCUGACG